UACAUCAUAUUACUGAAAAAAGAACUGGCUUUCAAGCAAAAAUAAAUUGAAACAAUGACUUCCCCUAGAGUUUUCGCUCUGGAAGAUUUGUUCAAGUUUAACCACAUUGUGUUGGAUCCUUUGGUGGAAGUUUAUUCCCUGCCAUUUUUACUGCCAAAGAUAUUGGAAUAUCCCGAACUGGUGCUUGCGGUAGAUGCGCCUGGCGGUCGUCUGAUUGGCUUCAUUCUGGGAAGACGAAUUGUGGAUGCGAAGGAAAGCAUUGGCGAUGGAAAGGAUCAGAGUUGGAGUAAUGGGCACAUCUCUGCCCUGGCCGUGGCACACGAUUACCGAAAACUGGGCCUGGCCACUCGUCUGUUGACUACUCUUAGGGAUAUGAUGGAUCGUAAAGGGGACUGGUAUGUGGACUUAUUUGUGCGGGGGAAGAAUGAAAAAGCCAUCAGUCUGUACGAGUCCUUGGGAUACGUAAAGUAUCGCUGGAUGCCCCAGUUUUAUGCCAACGAUCAUGGUUAUGAUAUGAGGCUGCCCCUGGCUCGCGAUGUGGAAAGGAAAUCACUGGAGGGGAUUUUGAUAAACAAAGUUUAUAGCUUCGGCAAUAUGCUGUACUAUCUGCUGAUGCUCUAUUUAUUGGGAAUUAAAGACAUUUUAAUUGGUGAUAGAUGGCUAGAAUAAUCAACUAUAUGAAGUCCAAUCAUAAUUAUGGUUAAUAUCCCACUGAGGAUUUAGACUUUAAUCGGCAAAACCACGAGGUUUUAUUCGGUCUGUUUGGCAGAAAAAAAUAUAAAUUAAACCAUUUAAGAACACCCAGAAAAAGUUCAUUGCACUCGGCCAAAGAAAUUCAACUAAAAGAUUGAACAAAUCGCUCAAAGUAAAAAAUGAAAAUUUAUGUCAGAAAGCAUAUGGAAACAAGAUUUGUUUAUAUGACAACAUUGAACCAGAAUUUUUAAAUGCUGUGCGUUUCAAGUUGCGCAAAUUGCCAAAUUGUGAAAAUCAUUGCGCGUGUGUUUUAGACACAUGCCCGGACCAGACUACACUUUAUAUUUAUAUAUAUAUUCUAAUU